AUGGAGUUCUCGGCGGAGCCCCGAUGGAUGAUGCACGCUCAUCAUCCAGCCAUGCUGGGUACGCAGGACACAGUCACAUCUCACGCUGGCUUGGGGAAUCAGGGCUCUGGAUUUAUAGAGCCAUCAGCACCGUUACUGUCGCCAGAGGAUGUGGAUGUAUUUCUCAGUCAUAUAGACUCUCAAGGAAAUCCCUAUUACCACACACACGCGCCUCACACUCGAGCAAGGAUGUCUUACAGCCAAACUCCAGCUGGAUUGACUGGUGGAUCCAUGUGUCGACCUCACCUUCUCCACACCCAAGCUUUCCCUUGGCUGGAGAGCAGCAAAUCGGCCUCUUCUGCGUCCCAACACCACAAUACAUGGACAGCAAGGCACUUCAGUAAGACUGUUUUACACCCUGCAGCGUCAAGUGGGAUUUCAGCAGUAUACCCCGGAUCAUAUGCUCCUGGCUCGGGUUCGGUGUCUUGCUUGUCACAAACCCAGCGAUGCAGCCCUCAGCUCUACUGCCUUCCUCCCACACCGCCAACGGACGUGUCCCCGGAUCCUCCAAGCGUUAGUGAGCGGGAAGCCAGGAAGUACCCGAUGUCUCUUGUAGACGGAAUGAAGAUGGAGAGCGCUGGCCCGCUCCGGAACAAUCUGACGCACCAUGCCGUAUCACUGUCUUCAUAUUCACCAUACGCCUUACCAGGAGCUCCUGAGUAUACAGGCCGCUCAUUACACACAGGCGGUCUUCUCGGUGGGGGCACCGGCGUCUUAACUGCAAAAGCAAAAAGCAAAAGCCGCGCCUGUUCUGAAGGACGUGAGUGUGUGAACUGUGGGGCUACCUCGACUCCUUUGUGGCGACGAGAUGGUACAGGCCAUUACUUAUGUAAUGCAUGUGGACUCUACCAUAAAAUGAAUGGCCAGAACCGACCACUCAUCAGACCCAAACGUCGACUGUCAGCAGCCAGACGAGCAGGUACUUGCUGUGCUAACUGCCAGACAGGAACCACCACACUUUGGAGACGAAAUGCCAAUGGUGAGCCUGUCUGCAAUGCCUGUGGCCUCUACUACAAACUACACAAUAUAAAUCGGCCACUCACAAUGAAGAAAGAAGGUAUUCAGACUCGAAACAGGAAAAUAUCCAGCAAAUCCAAAAGAAGGAGAGGGGAGGGCUCUCAGCAUCUGACCAAUUUCAUGCAGGACAAGCCAUCCACAUUUAACCACAUUACCAAUAUCUCCCACUCUUUCAACAUGACUCCACCCAUAGAGUUACACCCAGCCUUUAGCUAUAACCACCACACUAGCAUGGUUACUGCCACUGGCUGAGCAAUAGAGGUCAUAUUACACAAAGACACAUUUUCAAAGUUCUUUAGUUUUAGAAUGAAAUGGAUUUGUACACAAUUAUGACUUCAGUUCUAAGUUUCAAACAUUUUUACUUUAUUAUAACAAUACAGUAUGCAUAAUAAUUUGCACUUUAUGUAGAGAACUGCAGUGUAUUAUUCUAGGUUAAGAGAUUCUAAGGCUUUUACUGUGCCUUCACUGGGAAUUUUGUAAUUUGUAUUUGUUUUGUAUUUUUUUCCUUUAAAUCUGUUAACUAACCAGCUAUCUGUUCUUUUGGCACACAAGCCAACUCUUACAAAUUAAAGCUGGGCUACUGUACAGAUGAAAUGCUGGGAAGUGUACCCCUGAAUCCUGUUAUAUAGGCAGUUUCACAGAGUACAUUAAUGCAAUAAAUCCAGAAUGCUACAUUGUU